UGUUAUUAAUUAAGAACCUGUUGGUAUUUGGAAGAAGAAAAUGAUCUAGUGAUGACUGGUGUGCAAUCUUCGUUGGGGAUAUGCUAGUCAAGUCAAUGCUGAGCCACUUGAUAUAUGUAUGCAUGCAUCAUUUCUGCGAAGAAGUAGAUGUUGUGCAUGGUGGAGUAGGUCUUGAAAAUUGCACAGAAACAAGAUGUAGCAGCGAUGGCCCAGCUAUCCAGUUCCCAUUUCGACUUAAAGGUACGCAACCGGUCCAUUGUGGUUACCAGGGCUUUGAUCUUUCAUGCACCAACGACAAUCAGACACUGCUUGAGAUGCCAUCAUCAUCUAAGCUCUUUGUUAGUGAGAUUGACUACAUAUCACAGGAAAUUAAAGCAUAUAAUCCUGAGCUUGAUUGCUUGGACAGAGACAUUUUCUACCACGGUUCUUCUUCUACCUUCAAAUAUGCAGGCAACGCAAGCUUGUUCAGUUGCCCACCAUCAACUGUGAGAGAUCAAUAUAUUACACCAUAUCCCUACAACUACAAUCGUUGUCUGGCAAGAUUGAGCCCUUGCCAUGGUAAUCCAGGCAACCAUAUCUAUGCUUAUGCUAUUGGGCUAGGUUGUUCUAUUGAUAACAUACCCCUAGUGUCUUGUACCAAGGUGCAUGACUACAAAGAUGCUUUUGCAUACCGAGAUAAUUUCUCAUACAUGUCUCUCCACUGGUCCAUACCACCUUGUCAACAUUGUGAAGAGAAUGGCAAGCUAUGUCGGCUGAAGAAUGAAUUCACAAAUCAGACAGAUCCUCAAACUCAAUGCUUGGAUGUACUCAAAGCCAAAGACACUUGGUUGGUGAAGAUCAUCAGAUCCUUAAUCCAUAAAUUCAAGUACUCAUUUGAUCUGGGUAAUCAUUUCUACCGCGAUAGGGUUUACCAGCAGCUUAAGAUCUGUGUGGCCGUUUACAGUGGAGUGUUCCAAGCAGUGAAACUGUCAUUUGGCCUUCCAUUUCUAACUGCAUUACUAAUAUACAAAUGGCGAAAGAGGCACUUCUCAAUGUAUGACAAUAUAGAAGACUUUCUGCAGAGUAACAAUAAUCUCAUGCCAAUAAGGUACUCCUACUCAGAAAUCAAAAAGAUGGCUAGCGGAUUCAAGGACAAAUUGGGUGAAGGAGGCUUUGGCACCGUGUACAAGGCAAAGCUCCGCAGUGGUCGCCUUGUGGCCAUCAAGAUGUUGAGUAAGUCCAAAACUAAUGGGCAAGAUUUUAUCAAUGAGGUUGCUACUAUAGGAAGGAUUCACCAUGUUAACGUGGUGCGACUUAUCGGCUUUUGUGUUGACCGUUCAAACCGUGCACUUGUUUAUGAUUUCAUGUCAAAUGGCUCUCUUGACAAGCACAUUUUUUCUCAGCAAGGUGCUAUCUCCUUAAGCUGUGAGAAAAUAUUUGAGAUUGCAGUUGGAGUGGCUCGUGGAAUCCAAUAUCUCCAUCAAGGAUGCGGCAUGCGAAUUUUGCAUUUUGACCUCAAGCCUCACAACAUUCUUCUUGACGAGAAUUUUACUGCCAAGGUUUCUGAUUUUGGAUUAGCAAGGCUAUACCCAUUGGAUAACAGCACUGUAUCUUUGACUGCAGCAAGAGGAACCAUAGGAUAUAUGGCUCCAGAGUUAUUCUACAAAAACAUUGGAGGUGUAUCAUACAAAGCGGAUGUGUAUAGUUUUGGAAUGUUAAUGUUGGAAAUGGCUGGUAGAAGGAAGAACUUGAAUGCAGCCAUAGAUCAUUCAAGCGAAUUUAGCCAAAUGUACUUUCCUACAUGGGUUUCUGAUCAAUUGAAUCAAGGGAAGGAGAUCGAAAUAGGAGAUGCCACUGAAGAUGAAAUGAAAAUCAUAAAGAAGAUGAUCAUAGUGGCAUUGUGGUGCAUACAAAUGAAGCCUAUUGAACGCCCUUCAAUGAGCAAAGUAGUAGAAAUGCUUGAAGGAGAAAUUGAGAGCCUCCAAAUACCUCCAAAGCCUUUCUUAUAUCCACAGCAAAUACCAGAAGAUGAUGUCGAGGACAAUUUAAGUACUACAUGUGCAUCAAGAAUGACAGAAUCUACAGAGAUCAUCAAUUUGAUUGCAGAUGGAAAUUAAGUGAUUUUGUAUGUGUCAAUAUGUGAUGUUAGGGCCAUGAAAUUUCUCUAUAAAUUUGAUAGCUUAAAAACAUUUUAAGUUUGAAUUAAUGUACGAAUACAAUUAAACUUGCUUUUGAUUGCUGUCUUGAACUCCUG